UGUAGCCUGAAUACACACACACACACACAUACACACACAUAUACACGCUCACACGGUUGUCCGCACAAAACUAUCUAACAAAUAACACAUCAAACUAUAAUAUCCCAGGAUUUGCGCUUGUAUUCAACCAGACAAGACCGAAGGAGACCCAAAUAAGUAUCACAGGUGGGCUCUGCUGCCUGGUUGCCCUGGUAACGUUUUGCCAUGCCGUUCCCUUUCGGUAAGUCUCACAAGUGUCCAGCGGACAUUGUGAAGAACCUGAAGGACAACAUGACCAUUCUGGAGAAACAGGACAUCUCUGAUAAGAAGGCUGAGAAGGCCUCUGAGGAGGUUUCCAAAUCUCUGCUGGCGAUGAAGGAUAUUCUUUACGGCACUAAUGAGAAGGAGCCGCAGACAGAAGCCGUGGCUCAGCUCGCUCAAGAGCUCUACAAUAGUGGUCUGCUCAGCACACUCAUCGCAGACCUGCAGCUUAUUGACUUUGAGGGCAAGAAAGAUGUGGCACAAAUCUUUAACAAUAUUCUGAGACGUCAGAUCGGCACACGGACACCCACUGUGGAAUACCUGUGUACACAACAGAACAUACUGUUCAUGCUGCUUAAAGGAUACGAGUCUCCUGAUAUCGCUCUGAACUGUGGAAUAAUGCUGAGGGAAUGCAUUCGGCACGAGCCACUGGCCAAGAUCACCCUCUGCUCUGAGCAGUUCUACGAUUUCUUUAGAUAUGUGGAGAUGUCCACCUUCGACAUUGCCUCGGAUGCAUUCGCCACAUUUAAAGAUUUGUUGACGAGACACAAACUGCUUAGCGCUGAGUUUCUGGAGCAGCACUAUGAUAGAUUCUUCAGUGAAUAUGAGAAGCUUCUUCACUCAGAAAACUACGUCACUAAGAGGCAGUCACUAAAGCUUUUGGGAGAGCUGCUUUUGGACCGGCACAACUUCACUAUAAUGACGAAGUACAUAAGCAAACCAGAGAACAUCAAACUCAUGAUGAAUCUACUGAGAGACAAAAGCCGCAACAUCCAGUUUGAGGCCUUCCAUGUCUUUAAGGUGUUUGUGGCCAAUCCGAACAAGAACCAGCCCAUUCUCGACAUCUUGCUGAAGAACCAGACCAAACUAAUCGAGUUUCUAAGCAAGUUUCAGAACGACCGCACCGAGGAUGAGCAAUUCAGUGACGAGAAGACCUAUCUAAUUAAACAAAUCCGUGACCUCAAGAGGCCAACCCCGCAGGACGCCUGAAAAUGAUGAAGAAUGUAAAAUAAAUGCAUAGGGAAUGUCUAGACAACGUUUAGGCAAUGUCUGGACAAUGUUUGGCUCUCAGGAAAGUUGAGUGGCCACAGCAACAGGCAAGUUUGAACAGUUUAGCAGGAAAUGUUAAAUACCAUUUGAGCUCAGUCGGUGAGAAAUUUAACGAGGAGGAUGAAGAAGGGUCUUGCUUCGCUAGACAUACAACCUCUCCCCAACAAUGUUUUAUUCUCAUGUUUAAUGAAAACGAGCUAAAUGAACAGAAAAGACAGAAUUAGAUGCUGCUGCAUUGUUGCACAUAAAGAAGUGGAGGGAUUUUGUACCUUGCACACAAACAUGCACACUCAAAUGUCUCUAUGCUAAUUAACCCAUAAGAUGCAAAAGGAGUUUAGUAAUUGUACUGAUGAAUUCAAGGAAAUUGAUAUGUGAAAAGCACUUUGCAUAUCCCUUAUCAUUUACUUGCAUCAUUUACUCACUCUGCCCUACUAUGCGAGUUGCAAAGGUUGCAUUUGAGGUAAAACUGUGAUGCAUACAACAUGCUUUGAACAUGUUUGUUUGUGUGAGAGGUUAAGUAUACAUACAAGUUGUGUAUCCUGGGUGAGGGACUGGACAUGUACAUAGGCUCUUUCAUCUUCCCUUUUUGUUUUGGCUUUGUAGAAUUCUUUGGACAUUCACAUCUCAGCCUGAAAGAUGUUUUCUUAUUGUUAUUAUUUACUUUGAAAAAUGUUUGGAAAUGUGUUGACUGUGUGGAUUUGUUGAUGGUUAGUGUUGUGACUGUGCUGUGGCAGCUGUUGACCCGGAUUUGACCACAUUCUUUUACUUUCAUUAUGACCAAGUUUUGUACCCUAACUACUCUAGCUUUCAGUAGCAUGACAAUAACAGCCCAGUAUAACCAGUAGUCCUACUUUGGCAGUAUGAUACAUUUUGAACAAUCAAUUUGACCCUUGUUUAGAUAAAUUAGGAAGAUGCGUCCAGGUCGCAUUUCAGCCUAAAAUAAAAAGGAAAAGAAUCAGUAAAAUGUUGCAUGAAGAAAAUGAAGCUUAUUUUAGGAGCACUAGGAUAUUUAGCGUAAAAAAAAUAUUUUUUCAUGGCAAUUAAGAACAUUUCCCCAGCAAAUUCUCAUUGCUGUAAUGCAUCCAAAUCUUUUACUUAUUAUUUGUUUGUUUUGUUGUAAUUUUGUAAUCCCUUUUUGUCUCAGUGUUAAUCCUCUUUAGAUUCUCAUAAGUGUAUUUUGCUAUAAAAAAUAUUGUAAUGCAUUAAAUAUAAUUAUUGUAAUUAAAUUUAAAUGCAAUGCAACAUAUACCAAUUUGAGAUAUAAAUGCUCUAUGUACAAUAUAUUGUAUACAAUAUAUAAUAAUACAUUAUUCCUAUUUUCCUUCAAGUAUAUUAUGCAUCAUGGAUAUUCGAAUUGGAUGGGGAAAAUGUGCUUAACUGUCUAAAAUGAUGUCACAAUGCAAAAGGUUUUAAAGGUCCAAAAUAGGCUUCAUUUUGAAUGUAAUAUUUUUAUUUUUUAUUUUGGGGUGAAAUAUGGCCCUGACAUGCUCCUGAUGAUUUUUGUGAGAAACGUGGCUCAAGCUCAGAUAUUGUCCUUCUUUACAAUAGGUAUUUAUUGGGGUAAAAAAAACAAAUGCAGUGUGAAAUAAUAGUAGAGGUUAAACUGAAAUCGUUGUAUGUAAUUUAGCAUCUUAAGUCCAUAUUAACACCAACUGGUGGUGGCUGGAGGAAACAGCAAAGUGAGCAGCCACACCCUUUUUAGACUUUUUAAGAACUCAGUAAGAUAAGUGUUAAUGCCUUGUUAUAUGCAGUACUGGGGUUAAAACGGUUGUCCGCAGAAAGUUUUUGUAGGAAAGUCACCUAAUAAUGAAAAUUAUGUCAUGUGGAUCCAAACCUGUGUGAUUUUCUUUGGGACACAAAAGGAAGUGUUAGGUCGAAUUUUACAUCCUCAAUUAAAUCCUCAGCUUCAUUAUAUUUAAAAAGAUACAAUGAAAAUGAUUGGGGAAUGAGGCUGUCAAUCUGCCUAGCAUUUCCUUUUGUGUUCCACAGUCAGAUGAGUUUGGAACAACAUGAGGGUGAGUAAGUAAUGAGACAAUUUUCAUUUUUGAGUGAACUUUUUCUUUAAAUACCACACAUAUUUAAAACUGAUGUGUAAAGCAUUACUGCUUUGUCUUACAUUGUGUGCAUUGUGCUUGCCAGAAACACUUAAUACACUACCAUCAGAGAAUGCAACUGUUAUUCAUAAGGAUAACUUUCUUAAUUUUAAAUGCUGAAUUUUUGCCCAUAAAACUUGUUCUACAGAAAGUUUACAGUUAUGUUUUGAGCAACAGGGAUUGGCAUGCCUAUUAAAGUAUUUUAAUUUAGCGAACAAAAAGAUAGAACCAAAAGUAGCAUAAAGCUGUAAGUUUUUUAUAUCUCUGCAUAUCUUGUUAUAUGGUGACUGGUAGCGCACCAUAAUAAGUGAUUUAGUCUGCAUCUGUGAUAUAGGCCAGACUAGACUCUUUCAUUGGCACAUGUAACGACAGCCAAUCAGGGCCAUCUUUGCUUAACAUCAUAAUGGGCCAAGAGCAUUAAGAAUUCUGAGAAUAAGAAAACUUUUCUUGCAAGUAAGUGCAUGUUUCUAUUUUGCAGUCUUAUUAGAGUUAACAUUGAUGUCUGAUAGACAGGCUUGGUACCUAUUGGCCCUGUUUCUGUUCAAUUAAACAGACCAGUCUAACCAAUGUAGAAACCCACCCAAAGAAUAAGACCUGGGGGUAUGGGCACAGAAAUGGUGGGAAUUUCAUUGGAAUUGUCAAUCAGUAGCCAGACUAAUAGUUGGAAAUAAAGUUUGCAAAACUAGAAAUGUUUCCACAGUUGUCUUUUUUUUUUUGCUAAUUGUCUUUUUAAUCUGUCUGUCUGUUUAUAUAUCUAUGUAAGCUAUAAUUGUUCUACAGUAACCAUAGUUUCACCAUGGUAUUUGUAGUAAGACUGUAGCAAUCACAAAAUUAACCAUGGUUACUGCAGCCAUGGUCACUAAAAUAUCACUAUAGUAAAAACAUCGUUUCUACAUGGAUACUGUAGUAAAAUCAUGGUUAACUGUAUCAAAAACGGUUUUGCCCAAAAAACCAUGGGUACUACAAUGUUACUAUAGUAAAACCAUGGUUAAUUAUCGUAAGGAAAACUAUAUUUCUCUAUAUCUAACUGUAUAGAUGUUAUAUAUUUUUUAUAUAACUAC